AUGAUAAUUAGUAAGAAAAGUUGUCUUGAUUUUAUUACUGAUCAAGUUUUCUUUCUGUUAAUAUAAGUGUAAUUGCCUUGCAUGGAUAUGAGUGACUUAAUAUGGAAUAGUGUCUUUUUUUUUUUCAUGAAUUAAGCAAGUCAAAAGUAACAGGAAACAGAGUAAUUGGGUUUAUAAAGAUUAGGUUGAAUUCAUUCAUAAUUAUAAACACGCCCCCUUUUUUUCUUCUUAUCCUUAACAGUAGUAAUCGUGCUGAUAUUCUGAUAAAUUUAAAUGUGGUUUGAUAAAUAAUUAAAGUCGCAUAAAAUGACAGUUCUUUUUUCUUUAAAAUGGCAAAAUCAAACAAGAAGACUAGUAAUCCUGAACUACAUAAAGUGAAUAACACAAAGCUCAAAUUCAAAAACGUCAUUGCGACCAAAUUGACCAAGUUAUUACGUGUUCACAAACAAGAUCUACUUGAACUUAUUCAAAUACCUAAAUCACACGAACAUGGGCAAUUUACUCUUCCCAUUCCCCGUUUACUCAAACUGACUAAUGAUCAAGACCAAGACAGGGUGUGUAAAAACAUCAUUUUUUCAUUUGGACAAGACACUCAUAUCAAACAAGUAACAGCUCAGGGUCAUUUUUUGAACUUUAGCGUUAACCAAACGGAAUAUAUCAAAGAAACGUUGCAGAACGUCUAUGAGGAAAGAGAACGAUAUGGUCAAACAGAGAGAGCAGAUAAGACGGUCCUCAUCGACUUUAGUUCACCCAAUAUAGCCAAACCGUUUCAUGCUGGACAUUUAAGGAGUACAAUCCUCGGUGCGUUUAUCAAAAGGAUAUACGAAGCAAAUGGAUACACGUGUAUCGGUCUUAACUACUUGGGAGAUUGGGGAAAACAAUAUGGACUAUUGGCUGUGGGUUAUAAAAAGUAUGGAAAUCCUGAAGAACUGAAAAAGGACCCUAUUAAGCAUCUAUAUGACAUCUAUGUCAAAAUCCAUCAGGAAAUGAAAGAGGACUCAGAAAAGAUUGAGCAAGAGGCUGCUGCAUACUUUAAGAAAAUGGAAGAUAAAGAUCCUGAGGUCAUUCAGCAGUGGAAAGAGUUCCGUGAUCAGAGCAUUCAAUGCUAUGAAAAGGCUUAUAAGCGCCUUGGGAUCAAGUUUGAUCAUUUCUCAGGCGAAUCUGAAACAGAGAAAUAUAUUCCCCAAGUUUACGAGGCACUUAAACAGAAAGGACUUUGUGAUGAGUCAGAAGAUGGAUCAAUGGUAGUCAAAUUGUCCAUUUAUGAUCCUAGUUUGGGAAAAGCCGUGAUCAGAAAGGCGGAUGGGGCCAGCUUGUAUUUAACACGCGAUAUAGCCAGUGUCAUGAUGCGAUGUGAAAAGUUCAAGGGUCUGGAAAAGAUAAUUUACGUUGUAGGCAUUGAGCAGGAGCAUCACUUUAAGCAAUUGUUCAAGAUCAUUGAGCUUUUAUGGGACGAACAUAAUCACUGUCCAGAGCUAAUUCAUGCACCAUUUGGAAGGAUCACAGGUAUGUCGACCAGAAAAGGAACAGCUAUAUUUUUGAGUGAUAUUCUUGAUACGUCCAAGGAGAGUAUGCUGAAGACAAUUAAAGAAGAUAUGAGGCAUGGAAAAUACAUGGAUAUUUUGAACGAAGGUAUCUCUGUCAGUGGCCAUAUCAUCAAAGGAGAAGAAGCUGUCGAUUAUAUUGCAGAUACUUUAGGUAUAUCUGAUGUUAUCACUCAAGAUAUGGCAGCCAAGAGGAUGAGGAACUACAACUUUGUCUGGGACAGAAUGAUGGACGCAAAAGGGGAUACGGGUGUGUUUUUACAAUAUACACAUGCACGUAUUUGUGGUAUUGAGCGCAAGAUGAACAUCAACAUAUCGACAGAUUGUGAUUUUUCUCUAUUGACAGAGACUGAAGCCUUUGAGCUAACGCGAACUAUUUCACUGUAUCCAGAUAAUGUACAAGUUGCCUUUAAAACAUUGGAGCCUUGUACCAUUGUUCUUUAUCUCUUCAAGCUGGCACACAUGAUUAGUCAGGUGAACUACAACCUACGUAUCAAAGAUAUCGACCCAAAACUGGCUCAAGCAAGACUGCUUCUCUUUUGGGCGGCUAAAACAACGCUGGCUAAUGGUAUGAGAUUGGUUGGACUUAAACCGCUUGAAAGGAUGUAGCAUAAUCCUAUCUCAUACAUUAAUCAUUUCAUACAUAAAAGCACUGUAUAUUCUGUCCACAUGUCUGUUAAAGUACGUUUCGCGCUAUCUAUUUCCUUGGGAUGUUUAUUAUAGUAGACG